GUAGGGUUUUAAAAGAGACAAGAUCUCAACUUGAUUGAUCAGAAAGACGGAGGGAACUCUGACAACUAGAGAAGCAGACAGCCCAAGCUGAUCCUGAUUGAAAACAAUUAUCCUCAUAGAUACAUAGAUAAAAAGCUUUUCACUUUAAAGAUGAGAUUCAGCCUGGUGUCCGUCGCUCUUUUCUGCCUUAUCACCUGGAUCAGCCUGGUCAAUGCAGUCCCUGGACCAGUGACAAACUGCUGUGAGGUAUGGUCCACCACCAAAAUCCCAGUAAAGCGAGUUAUGAACUACACCAUUCAGUCUGGGGGCAUUUGUCCAAUCAGAGCUGUAUUGUUUCAGACAAAAAAAGGAACAACGCUUUGCUCUGACCCUGACAGUGGCUGGGCUAAAAGAGCCAUGCAGAAAGUGGACAGGGAGACAAAAGCAUUGCUCCAGGAGACACAGAGUGAGGAAGACGGGUCUGCAGAUAUCACACCAGCAUCAGCCGAUGCACCACAGAAGGCCAAACAGAAGAAAAACAGGACUGGGAGAAGAGGACAGGGGAAAAGGUGCAAAGGAGGAAGGAAUGGUCAGAGAAAAUGUGUGUGAGGAAUCAGAAGAUGGUUAACACAGUCAAAAAGUAUUCCUCUCUCUCAUUGGACUUGUCCUGAUCUGAAGUUUCAGUAGCAAAGACACUUUACACAGCAGAAACAGCAGACUUUAUAUAUAUUAUUUUAUUGAUCACAUCAUAUACAGUUUAUUUUAGAAUAUAUAUGUUAACUCAAGCUUAUUGUUAUGAAUGUGUGCAUGUAAAUCUACAGCAAUUUCAUUUAUCUGUUCAAGAGAUUUAAUAAUAAAAUAC